UAGAAAAAAAAGAAAUUGGAAAAGCCAUUAUUUCCUUCCGACGUGAGCACGAUCAGUUUUGUCAGACAAUAGUGGUCCGCUACUUCAGUAUAUUCUAUACUUACAUCAAUACCAGCCUUCAAGAUUACUCUGGUCGUCAUGGUAACAAAGUCAAUAUUUAUAACAUAAUAAAUUAUACGAAUUAGUGUGAAUAUCAUUAAAUGAAUAAACCGUGGGAAUUAGCUUUCGGAGAUGUCAGUUGUUUCUCUUACUGAUUUGAUUCGAGAUUUCAGAUACUUUCGUUUUUUGUUUUGAAUGAGAUUUAUCAUUUAAAUUAGAGAUCGUUUAGAUUGAUUACUUGAUAAUUAUUGGAUAAAUUUAAAAAGUUACGCCGUAGUUUACAGGGGUUAAUAUGAUUUCCUCGUAGAUGUUCAGAUUUCGGGAAUGCAGAUUUAAUAAAAACAAUAUUCCUGGUGAAUGUAACAAUUACUUGAGCGUAAUAAGAGUUAUCUCCCUUCUAUUAAACACAAAAUUAUAUAGCCAAUAAAUUGUAAAGGUAUCUGUACUGCAUUCCGAGCUGGGUUGGUUAUCUAGAUCGUUUACAAAAGAAAUCAAUACGACAACAUUAUUCCUGCUACUAAACAUGCGUUCCUAUAUUCGCAUUCGAAGCUGACGGUACCGGAAAUGACGUGAUUGCCUCACCAGAGGAGAUAGUUGGUGUCCUCCACCCAAUAUUGGACUUACCGGAAACAGAACGACAAUCGUUCACUUCCGUUCUCAACAGUGUGCUGCCAGAGGAUAUUGAGAUACUGGAUAAAAUUUUUCUUGAGGCAAAAUUGGGCACGGAAGAAGGCCACGUUAUUAACAUUGGGGACAAAGCGUUCAUGGACAGAGACUUGUGUCUCGUGCUGCUGAGGCUGGUCGGAUUUACUGAGAAGAGCGAUAUCGAGUUGGCCGUGUCCGAUCCUUCAUCCGCCAUGUUUAAAGCUUGCAGUCACGUGAUCGGAGCAAUGACGUACUUUACUAUGGAACUGCUGGAGCUUGUCCGCGCAUGUCUUCCGGAAAUAGCGUCAAGUCUUUUGCUAGUGUUUGGGAAGGCUCUGAAAGGUGAAAAGUCUGUCGCAGUAGAAAAUGUCCAGACACUGGUGGAGAGUAAUGUUGGAGGGGAGUUAUUACAGAGAACGAACAUCCAGGCAGGUUCCGACUCCGCUAGUAUCCCGGAUGUAAUUCCCGACAUCCUGGACAAAGUAUUCUGGGUGUUAUUCGCGAUCCAGGGAACUUCGGAUGUUACCGCUCUUUGGUAGAUCAUAUUUCAACAGGCCUACUGUUGAACUCUUCAAACCGUACGAAUCUAGUUCUGUCCGCUAUAUCACUAACUAUCGUGUCAUAUUUAUUUUCAUUUAUGAUCGAUUAACAUGUUGUCUUAUUUUGUUUUGUAUUUUGCUUUUCUGCUUUUUUGUUUUUGUUUUGUU